AUGAGUAACGCAGCCAAGGGUAAAAGAGGCACCAUAGACCAGCUGCUACGAUCGGUGAAGAGCCAGGUGUUUGAGGACGAACAGAACCAGGAGAACGGCAGUAGCGCGGAGCUUGCGGCCGACUCCGCGCCUAGAAGACUGCUAAACUCCUGGACGUUUUCCAAGACCCAGCAACUGCAGGCCCGCUCGACAUCGAACGCCUCGCUCAAAUCGCUCAAGAGCGAGCCCGUGAGCCCGAAAUUGGAGCCCGAAUCUGGAUCUGUGUGCAAGGAUACCGAGAAUGAGGAGAUCGAGCCGCCCAAGGAAGCCAAGGACCGUGCGCAAUCGUGGUCGUUCUGGUCCAGAAAUAUUAGACCUGUGGAGCAACCGACUCCCAUAGAGACAGACGCCACGCUGUCUGAGCCGGUGAGGCAGGAACCCAUCGACUCCCCAAAGAAGAAAAAACAGAAACUCGCGUCUGCUCCGAGCAGGCCCAAUCUGGUGGUGCCGCAAUUCGAGUCACUCCCGUGCGUUACGCCAGGGAACUACCUUUAUUCCGCCUUCAAUGGUCUCAAGUCGCUGGCCGGGUACGAUCCUGCGCCCGUUGGCCAUCUUAGCAGAAAGACCCGUGCGUCAAGCUUCCGACGAGUGCUCAUCAUUGGCGUCCACGGGUUCUUCCCUACCAAGAUGAUACGUCCGCUUAUUGGGGAGCCCACAGGGACGUCUGCGCGGUUUGCGCAGGCAGCGGAAGACGCGAUCAGCGCAUGGGCCCGAGAGCAGGGAAUGAGCAUCGAGACACAGAAAAUAGCACUUGAGAAGGAGGGCAAGAUCUUCGACAGAGUGGAGUUCUUCUUUGAGGCGAUGCAAAAAUGGCACGAGGAGGUGGAAAAGGCAGACUUCAUCUACGUGUGUGCGCAUUCGCAGGGCACUCCGGUGGCCAUGAUGCUGGUCUCCAAGAUGAUAGAACAUGGCCUCAUCGCGGACAACAAGCGCAUAGCCAUCUUGGGAAUGGCAGGCAUCAACAUUGGUCCUUAUUACGGGAUGGACCAGUCGCUAUUUAUUAGGGCUUAUUCGUCUAUUGAGAACGAGUCCAUGCUGGAGCUGUUUCAGUUUCAGAAUUUCCAGAGCUUGCAGAGCCGCAAGUAUCUGGAAAGUGUGCGCAAUCUGAUUGCUCACAACGUGAAGAUCACGCUUGUGGGGUCUGUCAACGACCAGCUGGUUCCUCUCUACUCCUCGAUCGGCUACCAUAUCUCGCACCCCAACAUAUACAAGGCGGUCUACAUAGACGGCAAGUCGAACACUCCAGACUUUGUGGCGCGCAUAGUGAAGCUCUCGUGCAUGCUACAAAACCUGGGGUACACGGACCACGGAGUCAUUGCGGAGAUGAGCCACGCCUUGGCAGGUCCGCUUACUGGGGGCGGCCAUUCUCGGAUCUACAACAGCCCCGACGUAUACACGCUUGCACUCAACUUUGCACUGAAAACACUGGAUUCUAGCCUCGCAGUGAGACAGCCGGUCCGAUUUCACGAGAUCGACGUCUCGGACGUGGGCAGCAACCCGUUCACGCUGCCGUGGUGCACAAGAGGCCUGUUUUUUGAUGUCAAGAAGCGGCUGGACGACGGCGAGAAGGAGAUUGACAUGGUUUUCAAGGAAUUCGACGACUGGAACCCAGAGUCGAAAGUUCUGAGGGACGUGAAAUAUCGUCUGAACGGGAUCAAGGAUAAACUCUGA